AUGGAAGACUUCAGGGGGGUUCCCGUGGCACUGAAGUGUAAGACAUUGGUGGGUUUCCACGGCAUCCUAGUCACCUUGGAUGAUGAUCAGCAAGGAGUACACUUCUACCAAGAGCUAGUGGCUCAAGGAGUGAUUGAGGAAGAUCAUGAAGAAAACCCCAAUGGAGGCCCUGCCAUGGGUCAACAGGUGGGACCCGAAGUGGAACCGGAAGAGUAUGUGGUAACUGAUUACGAAUGCGACGAGUUUGACCAGGAGUUAGAUGAAGGAAAGGAAGUUGAUGAGGCGCGCAAUGAACCCCACCUAUCGAAAGCCCCAAUAAAUCCACACACAGUUUAG